ACGGAUUUCAUGAUGUAGAACCCAGCUCUUCUUGAAAACAGUUAAAAAAAACAUCACAAAUUUAAAUAUCCUUAUUUAAUUUAAGUAAUAUUAAUUUAAUAUCGUUAUCAAGAUACAUGAAGAAAUUUGCUAAUAAAAUAAUUUACCUUGAGGUGCAUAGCUUGUUUUUAGGUUAUUUAUAGAACUUGAUCAAUGAUUUAAAUGGAAAACUUUGACCUUGCAUUAGAAGCUGGUAAAGAAGAAUUAGCUUUGGAUCGGCCUCCGUGUAGCAAGAAGCAUAUAGAGUAUUAUGGAAACGAGUUGUCAGAGAAUGGAAUUUUACUAACUAAAAAAUUUGGAGAGUCCGAUAUCUCUAUUACUUCAACAAAGUUACAUUCAUUUUCUGAUGAUAUUGAUUCAAGUUUAGUUAGUAAUAUAAGUGUUAAUAACCUUUGUGAAAAAGAUAUUGGUUUUGAAAAAUUAAAUAAUUUUGAGUAUGAUAUUGAUAAACAUCAAAGUUCUUGUAAUGUUAAUCAAGAUCAACCUCCAUUAUUUGAUUUAAUAUCUAAUAAUAAAAAUCCUGUCCAACAUGAAUUAUUAACAAUACAAUCUUCAGUAGAAACUGAAAUUUUAUCAUUGCCACCAACAAACAAUAACAGUUUAGAGAAAAUUAAAAAAAUUGCAGAGAGAAAAGGUGGAAAAAAUCCAUUAGUAUCUUGUUUAAAGUCAAAGAAACACGAAGAUGUAGAAAAUGGUAGUGAAACUGAAAUAAAAGUUUCAAAUAAACCUAAAAAAAUAACUUUUGUAGAAGGUGAAAAAAUUGUAUCCGAAUAUAUUGAGCCUUAUGAUCCAUGGUUAAAUGCACGAACACCUACUCAUACUGAAGUAAUUUCAUUUUACCGAAAUACUUGUCAAAAGCUUCGUUGUAAACCAUUAGAGAAAGUAAUAAAACAAUUUCAGGAUGUUCCCGAUCUUUCACAAAGAGCUGGAACUUUAGUGCUUCGAGGUUCACGGUUGGACAAUAAAUCAUGUGAAGCAUUAGAAACAAUAUUUAAAAGAGUACAAUAUGAAAAUUUGGAUAUUGAGAACUGUUCUCUUGAAGAAGAGGGAGCUUCAGCAUUAAUUGAAAUGAUUGAGUUUUAUCGUACUACCUGUAAAUUGAAUAUAGCAUGUAAUCCUAAAAUUGGUGUUAGAGGAUGGCAAGCAUUAUGUCGUAUGCUAAGAAAGACACCUUGUUUAACAUAUUUAGAUGCUAGAAGGACAUUAUUGACAGAUGUAACAAUGGCAUGUUUUGGUAGAUGUUUAAAAGCUGAUCCCUACCUUAAAGUAUUGCAUUUAGAAGGAGUUUUUUUGUCAGGAAGAUCCCUUCUUAUUCUUACAACUGCCAUGAAGUACAAUCACAUAUUGGAAGAAUUAUAUAUCGGUGACAAUGAUUUGACUUCAAGUGAUGGUCCUCCACUUGGUGCAAUGCUUACUUAUAAUACUACUUUGCAGUUGUUAGAUAUUCGAAAUAAUCCGAUUAAAGAUAUUGGUCUUGCUCAUAUUAGCAAUGGACUAUCAGAUCAAGCAGAUCAACCAUUUGGUGGUGGACUUUGUUCUUUAAUCAUUUGGAACACUGGAUUAACUCAUGAAGGCAUGAGUUAUCUUGCAGAAGGUUUGAUCAAAACAAGAUCAAUUAAAGCAUUAAACCUCGGACAAAAUCGGAUUGGUGAUUUAGGAAUGCAAAAGCUCAAACAUGGACUUAUAAAAAAUAAAUCACUUAAAAAGAUUGGAUUUUUAAAUACUAAAAUUGGGAGUGAAGGUGCAGUUGCAUUGGCUGAGGUGUUAGCUGAUAGCUUAACUUUAACUAGAAUCGAUCUGAGGGGUAAUGAGUUGCAAGUGGCAGGUUUAAUGGCAUUUUCAAUGGCUCUGAAAGUAAAUCAAUCUUUAACAAAGCUUGAUUUAGAUAAAGCUAUAAAGAAGGAGCCGGGAAUGGAGUCAGUUAUUCAAACAGUAUUGGUUGAUAUUUAUAAUUAUUGUCAUCGAAAUAAACAGCUUAAUACGUCUACUAUUCCGUUUUCUGUUAGCCUUUCAUCUUCAGAAUCCAGUUGUAGUUUAGCCAAUAAUAUUGUUGGUAAAGAUAUUUUUCACCCAGAGGAAUUAAAACAACCUAUUAUUCCAUUCAGUCCUGUUCAGAACAAAGAAGAUAAUUUUAACGAACAACUAAACAAUCAUACAACUACAGAAACAUCUUCAGAUUUAUUGCAAAAUAACACUGACUCUGUAAUCUCAGGUUCUGUUCAGAAACCACAAAACAGCUUAAAUCUUACAAAACCAAAUGAUCAGCUGUCAAAACGUGAGUCUAGGUUUUCAGUAACAAAAAUUUUAGAUACUUUGGGUAAUCAUGCUGCAGAUGUAGCAAAUAAAAUUGCAAAUAAUGUGGCAAAUAUUGACUUACAGUUAAAGCGAAAUAAUUCUAAAGAACAAUUCGAUGCUAAGAGUUUUGAAUUACCUAAUGUAUAUAAUAGUAAUACAGAACAUGAAAACCAACUGUCUUUUAAAAACACUUCUGACGAUUGUUCUUUUGAAGUCACUUCAGACAAACUCGCUUCUGAAGUUAAUACAGACAAUAACUUCUCUGAAGCUAUAUCAAAUAAUCAUGCUUCUGAAGUAAUUUUAGACGAUCAUCAUUCUGAAGCCAAUCAUAAUUCAACAAGUAUUCUGCAGUUAGAAAAUGAUAAUGAAUUUAUUUUCAUGAAAAGUAGUGAAAAUGAAAAUGCAUUUGAUAGAAUUGAUAAUUUAAAUCUAUCUUCGCAAGUUGAUAAUAGUCUUUGUUUUAUUGAAAUGAGAACUUCUGGUGACUUUUCUUCUUUAGAAGAACACUUGACAUUAAAAACUUCAGGUGAUAAUUUUUUUAAAGAAGAACAUAUGAUAAAAAAAACUUAUGAUGAUAUUUCUAUAAAACAAGACUUAGUUUUGAAAAGCAAAAUUUUGAACACCAGUAUACAUAAUGAUGAUACAUUAAUCAAGACACCUAGUAUAUUGUUAACAGACACAACUUUUAACGAUUUAGAAAAAACAACUAAACUCCAAACAACACAAGGUUUAUUAAAAACUGAUUUAAAAGAUUUCUGUGAUGAACUUGAGGGUGAUUCAUUUUCAGUUACAUGUAAUUUAGACAGUGUAUCGCCCUCCAGUACUUCUUUUUCUAUCAAUUUUUUUACUACAGAAAUGCUUGAUAACACUUAUAAUCUUCCAGCAAAAGGUAAUGACAACGAGGACUUAAACGAACCGAAAGUAAUCUCUGACAACGUGUUUGCUUUGCGUGAAUUUAAAUGUGAAUCUAUUAAUCAGAGCUUAUGACGUAAUCUUUUUUGAGGCAAUCGAAUAAAUUUACCGACGGUCAUCAGCUAUUACUGAAGUUCAUCAGCCUAUUAUAGGAUAAAGUUUUGCUGAAGUUGUUUAAAAGUGCGUUUUAAACAUAACGCCAUUUUCUCCCUAAAUUUCGUUUGCAUUUAAGCAAAAGAGUUGUUUUAUCAUCUUUUUCGCACAUUUUAAAACAAAUUUAGUUAUUCUUUCCUUUUAUCUCCAUGAAUUAGCGAAGAAAAAAAAGCUUGCAUUACAUAAUCUUUUGCAAUAAAUUCACAAUUAACUCGCAGCUAAUUUUUUAAUGACUACUUUGUUUCAUAGAUUUAAUUCUAAUAUAUUUCAGUGGCGUAUAUAUCUAGUUUUGAGAGCGAACAUGUAUAGAUGCGUUUCUUAAAUUUAAUAUUUUUCUAUUGAGAGGGUAUUAAACAAUCAAGUUUUCUUUAACAUUUACCUUAAUAACCCUCUCAAAUACGCCACUAAUAUAAUUUGAUAGUUUUUAAUAGUAUAUUUGGUAGUUUCUUUUGACAAACAUUAUUUGCUGCAUUAACUUAUAAAAUACUAAAAUAAAAUCCUUUACAAUAAGUUUUCAAAUUCAAUAUAUAUAUAUAUAUAUAUAUAUAUAUAUAUAUAUAUAUAUAUAUAUAUAUAUAUAUAUAUAUAUAUAUAUAUAUAUAUACAUACACACACGUUUAUAUAUAUAUACUAUUUUUUAUAAAUUUUUGUCAUAAUGGUGUUAAAAUUUUUAUAAUCUUUAAAUUAUUAAAUGACAUUAUUUUAUACUUAUUGUCACUUAACACUCGAUAUAUUGUAUAUAGACUUUAAAUUCUUUUUAAGAAACACAGUAUGAUUUUUUACAAAAGUUUAUAACAGGUUUAUAACAGGUUGUAGUUUAUCAUCUUUGCGUUAUACAAGUGCAGUCGCAUGAAA